AUGGGUUCUCCUGAUGCGGUUUCCUUGUUCGAGUCGCUUGGUUUGAAAACAAGGCUGGGUCAGGCCCUGGCUUCGUAUAUACCUUUGUGUGUCGAUGUAUCUCUCCCGCUGCGGCAUCGACUGGACGCGCUACAGAAGGAGUUUAACCUAUCACAGUAUGGGGAGCAACUCACCAAGCAAUUGGAUCAUCCAACAAUUGAGGGCAUGAAUGUCAGUACCCUCCAAUUCGAGGCUUCGGUGAUGAACGGGCCAGUUAUCAACACUAGAGCUAGGCUCUACGUGUAUAUUAAUUCCAUGCUUGUGGGACGCCCGUUAGUAGAUGAUUCCAUGUUGAUCAACUACCUCACCAACCGCGAUAAAGGUCAUCAAGAAGCUCUCGUUAUAGACCUUACCACAGCCGCCUUCGAUGUCCUUUAUAAUAGCGUCCAUCGUAACGAGUCCAGUCGGACAAUGUUCCUCUUCCGCACUUUCCUAGUCAGCAAGCUUCCCGCCUUCUUUGCUGCUAUAACGGCUACAUCUAUAGAUAAAGAUCAAGGCGAGAACCAGCCGGUCUACGAUAAAUUUGGCAGCAUUCUCCUCCUAGCGCUUGUUUUUAAAUAUCGAUACGACCUAAGCCCGGUUGAUAUAGGGAUCUCAAGCAAUGACUCUUUCUUGUUGAUACUACUAGACUGUGGCACUUGCAGCCAGAAGCUGAGCGAGCUAAGUAAAAAGCAAAACAAGGAUCUUGGGGCGUGGAUCGGUGCCUUAUUCAUUACCGAGGGUAUUAACGAAGAGACUAUAUCCGCGUGUAGUCCCCAGGAGUUCUAUAUGCUGGUGGCGACCUUGUUCGAUCAGAGUCUGUCUGCCUGCGAGUCGGGUAAGAUAGAGAGUCGGCAAUCCGAGACUAAGCCCGAAAUCCCCUUGAAGGCCCUACUUUCCUUGAUCAAACCCAGCUCCAUCUCCGGCGAGGCACAAGCCAUUCACAAAACCGUCUUGAAUAUUACGCCUCGCCUAUUAGAGGAACAGCUCAUAGAUAUCGGGACUCGCCACCAAGCCCGGCAGAAUAUCGGCAAGAUUUUAAAUAUCAAACCCAUCCUCGACGCCCUCGAUCCUGAUCUCUCGUUCCGGCGUACUAGCAGCUGUUUGCGCUCCGAGCUUAAGAUAUCGGCUGCUCCAGCCGCCGGUGGUUUCCUGGAAAUCUCAUUACCACCGCAGUCCUACACCCACCGCCAGAUAAUUGCAGCACAGCGCAUCCUCGGCUCUGCACGCGUCCUGGAAGCCUUAGUCGACGAGUUGAAACAACAAACUCAAGCGGGCAGCGGUGAUCUCGCACUAGACAUCGCAGCGACAAUCGUCUGCGCACCAAUGCCUGAAUCCUUCGCCGUCGACCAAAAUAUUUGUCACCCCGUUGAUCCCACUAAAGAGCGAUACCUCGCUGCACAGCUCUUUCCCUCCGUGGCGCGCUCUCCCUCCAACACCAAAAUGUCCCCAAAAUCUCUGAAAAGGAUCCCCUCCGCGCAGAGGUCAUCGUCCGUCACUGGCGUCGCGUCAGUCUCCCCGCCUUCCCGGGUAUCCAAUAUCGACGUUAGCAAUAUCUUUCAGAAUAUGGAUCUCGGCGUCGAGGGUCAAGAUCGUAUGAACCUCGAUGCGACCAGUGGCGCCGUCGAUGGCACUGGCGUUGGCGAAGAUGAUCCUAGGAAUCUUGACCAGAUGCUUGAUAAAGCCGCGGCGGCGGCUGCCGGCGGUCUUGGCCAGGGCAAUAGACUUGAAUCGACCGGAAGCCGGGCCCGCCGCGGGGUACAUAUGGGAUGGGCCCUUAAUAAGGAACAUCUACCUAUUACAUUUGUAGCGGGGAUGAAGACGAGCUCAGAGAUGUGCUGCUCGGUUGGAGAGGAAAGGCAUUAA